AUGGGGCAACACCUCGGAAUUGAUUCUAGAAGCAAAGGCGUAGGAGAAAGCUCCUCCCAUUAUUUAUCGCCUUUUGAUGAGUUACCGGAGGAUUGUGUCGCUAAUAUAAUCUCUCUUACAAGUCCCCGGGACGCAUGCAUUGCUGCUUCGGUUUCUAGAACCUUAAGAUCGACGUCCCAGUUAGAUAGUGUAUGGGAGAGGUUUCUUCCGAAUGAAUAUGCAUCUUUGGUUCCUGGAUUGCGAGUUUUCUCGUCAAAGAAGGAGCUUUAUUUCGCUUUAUGCGAAGUUCCUGUUCUAAUAGAAGAUGGCCAAAAGAGUUUCUGGUUAGAGAAAGCGAGUGGGAAGAGAUGUAUCAUGUUAUCUUCCAAGCAACUCGCAAUCACAUGGGGAAAUAGUCCUCAGUAUUGGCAAUGGAUCUCAAUUCCCGAAUCUAGGUUUGAAAAAGUUCCGGAGCUUCUUGAUGUAUGUGCUUUCGAGAUCCGUGGUUUGAUGGAUACUCAAAUCCUAUCUCCAAGAACUCAUUACUCGGCUUACGUAGUGUACAAGACAAGAACUGGCUGUCAUGGCUUCCGAGAUUUGCCCAUACAAGUUGGAAUUGGAUUGGUUGGACAAAAACAUCCUAAAACAUUCAUAUGCUUCGAUGAGUCUACGGAUAAAAUCAAAAAGUGGGCAAAGAGGGAGCUAAUGAAGUCAGAGAAGAGAAGAGAUGGAUGGAUAGAAGCAAAAAUUGGGGAAUUCUUCAAUGAAGGAGGAUCAUCAUUGGGUUGUGAUGAGAUUGAGCUAAGUGUUGUAGAUAUUGCUUCACCUUAUUGGAAGCGUGGAUUGAUCAUUCAAGGAAUUGAAUUCCGGCCUACCAAAAAGUAA